UUCUGGGAAAUGCUUCAUUAAGUCGAACUAUCUUUGGAGGUCUUUAUUUUCCCAGCUUCCACUGGAGUUUCCCUUGUGAGUUCAGGUUACAGGGCCCAGAGUUGUCUUUUUGAAAGCUUCCCCUGGGGUCUUUAAUGCUUUUAGAAAGAUUCGCCACAGAGACCUCCGGAGUUACACGAGUGUGGCAUUAUCUUGUCCCCCUCAGCGGCAUCCAUGCAAAAUUGUCAUUCAGAAUUCCAUGCUGUUUCACUUCUAUCCAGUGAGGAAACUCAACUGCAUAAAAAAAAGCAUAAAAUUGUUGCAGCUCUAGUAAUGUUUUUUUUAUUGAGAAUAUUCGAAAAUUUGGGGAAAAACACUCAAAGCUCGAUAACAUAGUUGAGUCUGUCGUAAAUAUGCAGCAUUUUAACAUAAAGACUGGAAAAUAGAGGGAAAUCAGAAAGUGUUUUUGAAUAGUAAUGUUCGGCUGCCUCCUGAAUCAAGAUUAAAACUGGAUUCAUAAUCAGUAGAACAGUGUUGGGCUGGGCUGUAAAACGCAUUAGUUCCAAUCUGUGACGGGAAACAAUAAAAGCUCUUUUUUUCACUCAGUCUUGACAUCACUGUCUAAAAAGAGGCUGUAAAGUCCAGUGUUGGUCUCCAUGGAUACAAGCAACAGGAGUCCCUUGUCCUCCUUUUUUUUUUUGAAAAGGAGAAGAAGAAGAGGAGGAUGCAACGUGUGUGUUUGUGUGUGUGGUCCAUUGUGUACGUGUGUGUACAUUAUCCAGGCCACUUCUUAGAGCCUCUCCCUCAAAGCCGAGUCUUGGGUCUGUGAGUCCAGUCUGAGGUCGAUCCUCUCUGGACUCUUUGGAAUGAACAGCUGCAUCAGAGGAGUUCAACUACAGCAGCAGAACAUGUUUGUCACUAUUCUGUUUGGAGACAGCAGGAUGGAAAUUUUCAAUCUGAACUGUAAGCUGAUACACUUCAUACGCCAUGUAAAGGAGAGGUGUGGUCUGGACUUUAAAGAGUGUGUGGACCUGAUGGACAGCAGUGGUUCACUGAUGAACUUAGAGGACAAGCAGCACAGUGUGGCUCGGGCCAGCAGCAUGUUGGUCCAGAGACAAUACUACGUCCUCCUACACGUCUGCCGAGAUGAAGAUACUGGUGGUCGGAAAUAUGUGUCUCUUUUGAACAACCACAGCCAGAGUCAUCCUGAGUUAACAGAGUUGUUGAGGAAACUAACAAACCCCAACACGGAGCGCGACAGACAGAUCAGAGGACGGACACAGAGGAGAUUUCCUGUCAAUCAAACCAGGAGCAAGAACAUCUCUGCAAAUAACAAGAGCCACAGAGUGAAAUAGUCUCUACACACUUUUCUUACUGCUUCCUGUCUGACACUUUUCUAUCGAGGACCUGACAGAAAACCUGACUCAUCAUGCAUCCACUGAAUGACUCAUCAGAAAUAGAAAUUUGGCAGAGAGGCCUAUGUUCCCUUGCUACUAACUGACUGAGUAGUUCUGUGUUAAAAUAUAAGUUGAAAGUGUCUUUAACAGUAUUAAAGUAAUAAUUCUUAGAAAAAAUAUCGAGCCAAGUUUAUUAUUGCUUAUUUGUGUUUAUCCCGAAACCUCUGAGCAACCUGAUGGUGGAUGUUGUGAGGAAAGCCCUGCAUAAAUAAAUAGAUAUGUGACUUUCAACUCAUUAGCAGCAGCAUCUGUAUCCAGAUAUAGAUCAGGUAGAAGAACAACAGGGUGAACAUUACAUAUUGUUAUAUUAAACAGUAGCAGGAAGAAUAUUCAAAAAAUUUCAGCAGAAUGUGACAAUAUAACCAUAGAAAAUAAUAAUAAAAUCAAAGUAAAUCCAAAUGAAUUGUUCUCAGAAUGAAAAAUACCAUGACAUCAUAGAUUUACUGGCAGAAUGCCUUUGGCUUGUUAGCGUUGUUAUCGACGGACCACUGAUGCUACAUUGGCUGUGUGUCUGUUUGCCUGUGCACCUGAAGUGUCAUGUUUGUAUGGAGUCAGCAUGUGUUUGUGAUUUCCUCACCAGACAUUUAACUAUGAAUCAAAAUCAGAACUGUCAGUGGUCCCAAAAAAACUGUGGUGUAGUUUUUCACUCUGAGCCGUGACCAGGAUCAGUGGUAUUCACUCUUUGGACAUAGUGAGUGUAGUUAAUGCAAAACUGUUGCAAUAACAAAAAUAUGAAAUGAAUAGAAGGAUUUCAUAACUGCAACAACUCAUAUCACACUGUGAAAAUAUGUUUAAUGUUAGAAAGAAUAGAAUAAGGACUUAAAAAGUAGACAAAUUAUGAAAAAGAAAAAAGGACUGAGAAAUGACCUAAGGAUCCACUGACACAUGGUGAAACACUGUGAUAUGAGGAUUUGUAAACACAAGGAGCCAGAGAUGUA